UUGAACCCUUGAGAGCUUGUGAUCUCUGAGAUUUUAUGCUGUUGGGUUUGAAAAGGUCGUUGACAAGCGCUAGGUUUGAGAUUUCCCAACGGUUACCCAGACGACAAAGCCCGUUAUGACAGACGUAGAAUCGGCAUCAGCACAUCCUAUGGAAGGCAUUGACGAAAGAAUAACAUCCAAGCGUCCGUUGGACGAUGAUGAACAGCUGGCAAAUAAGCCGGAAACCUCAUCCCCACCAGCUCAUAUAGAACCUAUGAAGCGCCCUCGGCUCAGCAUGGAUGCAGGUUUGGAAAAGCGGUCAAAGAGGUUUCUAGGUGUACUCAAGGGUACUCUCAGCCAAUUUAUCAAGGAGACUUCUCAUAAAACCGAAGCGGAGAAGAAGCGGGAGGAAUUGGAACACAGAUUGGCGGAAAAGCUAAAGAAAGAUAAGGAGCAGUUGGCGGAAAAGGUCAAGAAAGAGCAGGAGGAGAGAUUCGCUCGACGACAGCUGGAGAAAAAGCAAGAAGACGAACAACGAGAACAGCAGGCGAAAGAGUGGAUUCGUCAACAAAAGCGCAACAUAUCCAAUUUCAUUCAAACGAAAUCCGUACCACCAAUCUUUUUCCUUCCAAAAAAUCACAAUGACACAACACUCGAGCUUUUAGCUGAAGCUAAACGGCACCUUGCUCUAGAGACGGCAGCCGAGCGUACUGAUGGGAAGGAAGAAGACGACAAGCCUGAAGAAGACGAAGGUAUGGCUCAAAGUCCUGCUGAUAAAGUCGAGGAAGGUCAUAGCCCAGGAGAAGAUAGAAUGGAUAUGGUUGAAGAACGUAGCGGUUAACUGAAUGGUUUACUCUUCUUGUAUGUAUGAUAUCUAAAGCUGUGAAUGUGCGGAGCAUUGAAUCCGUUGAUGUAUUUGGAAAUAAACAAAACGACUCGACCACUUGGCCACCCA